AUGGUUCCAGCUCCCAUCGACCCAAGCAUCAAGGAUGUCGCCGAGCCUAUCAAAGACACCCUUAAGCUCCCUUCAGCUGCCAAAGAACGUCUCGAGAAGUCAGGUGUAGAUCUAUCCAAGGGGUAUCCCUACCGUCCAUCUCGACCCUUGUAUCUCGAUGAUGUGUAUAAGAUCAGAGACCAGCCCCGAGACCACAUUGAUGCUGGAGCUCGAGCUGAUAAGUCAAAGAAGAACCUUCUCUCUGCGGCUACAAAGGUCACUGAUCUCACCGCAUACAUCGGAACUGAGAUUGAAGGCCUGCAGUUGAAGGAUCUUACCAACCAGCAGCGUGAUGAACUUGCUUUGCUGAUUGCGGAGCGAAGCGUUGUCUUUUUCAGAGACCAGGAUCUUUCUCCGCAGCAACAGAAGGAACUUGGAGAGUGGUACGGAGAAGUGGAAGUUCAUCCUCAAGUUCCUCAGGUCCCAGGCUUGCCUGGAGUCAGCGUCCUGUGGCCCGAUCUCCAAGCUACUGAACGCCCAGCUAGCUUCCGCAAACCUGGCGGAGCAUCGCGAUGGCACACUGACCUGGUUCAUGAGAAACAGCCAGCAGGCAUCACCCAUCUCCAUAACGAUACCAUCCCUUCAGUUGGAGGUGAUACACUGUGGGCAUCUGGUUACGCCGCGUAUGAAAAGCUAUCCCCAGAGUUCCGCAAGAUUAUCGAUGGGAGGUCUGCUGUGUACCGCUCUGCGCAUCCUUACCUCGACCGCGAUCAUCCCGAAGCAGGUCCCCAGUAUGUUGAGAGAAUUCACCCGCUUGUGCGCGUUCACCCUGCGACGGGCUGGAAGGCCCUUUGGGUGAACCGUGCCAUGACAGACAGAAUUGUCGGUCUUGACAAGGCUGAGAGCGACGUUAUUCUGAACUAUUUGUAUGACGUAUAUGAGCAGAAUGUCGAUAUCCAGGUGCGAUUCAAAUGGACUCCUCGAACCUCGGCGCUCUGGGACAAUCGCAUCACAAUUCACAAUGCCAGCUGGGACUAUAGUGGUAGAGAGCCGCGACACGGCACGCGUGUGACUUCGCUGGCUGAAAAGCCUUACUUCGAAGCGUCAGCGCCGAGUCGUCGAGAAGCAUUGGGUCUUCUUGGAGAAGAAGAAAAGAAGGAACUUGAGGCGUCCAAGGGAAAUUAG